UGAAGACUGAAGACAUCUAACCUCGACUGUUCUGAGUUCAUCUCUACUGUUUUGUCGGUGAAAAUGUCGUUGAGUAAAGAGACGAAUGAUCCUCAGUUCAUGGAGCAGAACACAGUGCUGCUGCUGAUCGGCAAAAGUGGAUGUGGGAAAAGCUCCACAGGAAACAUCAUGUUCAAUAGUUCGGUGUUUGAGUCCAGAAUAAGCUCUUCAUCAGUGACGAGAGUCAGUCAAACACACACUGCAUCUGUCAAUAACCGCAGUGUGAUGGUAGUCGAUACUCCAGACUUCAGAUACUCCACACACGCUGACUUUGACUCAGACUCUGAGCUGAAGAGAGCUCUUCAGUUAUGUGUAUCAGGAGCUCAUGUUAUUCUGCUCUUUCUGCCUUUAAGCACCUUCACUGAGCAGGAGCAGGAGUUCAUCCACUGGUUUGAGCAGAAGUUUGGUGCAGAAGCUCUCAGAUUUACUCUGGUGCUCUUCACUCACGCAGAUAAACCACACAUGAGGACACUAGCAGAACUGAUCAGGGGAAACACCCAAUUAUCUGAUUUCAUUAAUCGAUGCGGACGCAGAUAUCAUGAGUUUAACAUUAAAGCUCCAGCAAACAGACGACAGGUGACUGAACUGAUGGAGAAAGUAGAGAGACUGGUGUCUGAGAACACACACUCCUUCUACACACUGGAGAUGAUGGAGGACGAGGAGAAGAGGAGAAAAGAGGAGGAGAGAAGAGAGAAAGAGAAGAAAGAGAGAGAACGUCAGAUUACAUUAGAGAGAGUCAGACGAGAGACAGAGAUACGAGCCAGGAGAGAAUAUGAGGAGGCGAAACAGUGGCAAGAAGAGGAGAAGAAGAAAGAGAGAGAACAUCAGAUUACAUUAGAGAGAGUCAGACGAGAGACAGAGAUACGAGUCAGGAGAGAAUAUGAGGAGGAACAGAAGAAAGAGAGGAAGAAGCUCUUUAAACAGAUAACCCUGAAGCGCCUCUGUGUGAUUGCAGCUUUCUCUGUAGUAUCAGGGUUAGUGUUAAUGAGUAAGAAAGACUCUUCACUGUGGAUGUUCAUGUGUGGCUUCAUCACCGGAGGAUCAGCAGCCACUGCUGGAGUGGGCUGUGGGUUUCUCUGUAGACUGAUGUGGAAGAGUUCGUUCUUCUCCUCUUCUCCUCAUGAGCGUCCCAGUGUGUUCAGAUACUUUCUGCUGAAGACGUCAGGUGUUGUGUGUGGUUUAGCUGUUGGAGCUGCCAUUGGUCAGUUUGUUGGAAGAAAUUUACUUUUGGUUACGUUUAUCAAUGGUUUAGCUGGAGCUGCUGGAGCCUGGACAGCAUUGCAGAGAGGCUGGUGAUGAGUUACAGAUUAGAGAUCUGCAUGGGACUGAAAUUUUAACCCCAUUCCUGCCAGGUUUUAUUCCACACCUGACCGCUCCUGCCGUAUAUUCAGUUUAGUUCACCCUCUGCCAACCCAGUCCAUUUUCUACCUGGCCCGACUGUUUCUGCUAAACUAAGAUCUGGUUUUCAAAAUCUCUCAUUUAAAUUGAGUACUGCCAAAAGAGAGAGAGAGAGAGAUAGAGAGAGAGAUAACAGAUACAAGUGUAGGUUGUGCAACGAUUGUAGGCUAAAUGUCAGUGUUGUUUGCCCUUUUGUGAUGAGACAUGAGUGCCACCUUAAACAGUGACGUGCGGUGAUAUUUCAGUCAGAUUUGCAAACAUAUCUAACCGGUAUAUUUGCCAACUACUGAUUGUGUUUCAAAUAUCACAUCAGCAUUAUUUCUAUAAAUGAAGCAGGUACAUAUUGGGCCAGAGCAGAAUGUAAAGCAAUUAAAUAUGCCUCCCAAAAACACCCAGCUAAUGUUACAGAGUCAAGCAGCACCAUGGUGGAUGCACAUGCUCUAUUUCUCAUUCAAACACACACACACAGCACCACGGCGAGCUCUUACAGUCACAUUUCACAUAUUGGUGCUUUAUUGGCAUGACAAAUAACUGUACAUUCAUAUUGCCAAAGCAGUGCAGUGUUGCUGGGCACAAACAAGACAGUGCAAAAAUGCAAAGCAGUAGUGCUCUCUCUCAUUCUCUCUCUCUCACACACAGCACUUCAGCGGGUAUGUGCACAUGCUCUCUACCUAGGGAGCGCACGCUCUUUCUCUGGGAAGUGCUAUAGGUAGGCUGCCCAGGCCGCCUGCUCCCAUUCAAAUUACACCAAAGUUCCUGACCGCUACAGUGUUUUAUUCGGGAAUUUAUUCCCGCACUGCAAGAAAACAGGUCAGGUGUGCAGCUCUCAUGGUACAGACACGGGAAUGCAGACCUCUAAUACAGGUCAUGAUGAAAGGACACUCUUUUAAUGCUCGACAUGUUAAUUGUGCUUCUGUUUCUGUAUUAAUUCUUUAAUCUCAUUUAGAUUUUAUAUGGGUCAUAAAUAAUGCUCAAAUCCUCAAAUGAGCAGUACAGCUCACAAAAAAUUAGUUAACAUGUUUUAUUUAGCUCAGAUUAUUUGGCAAAUCCAUCUGGAGUCUCUGAGUUGAUGAUCAGGUCUCUGUUAUAUUUGUGAUUCUUACCAAUGUUCAUUUUUCUGAGAUUAAAUAACAUCAUUGAUGCGAACCUGACAUGAUCUUAAAUGUAAUGUGUGUAAAACUAUAUGUUGGUGUAUUUUAUAAUGGUGUAAUGUAAAUUCUUAUUCCUACAUGUCACAUUUACAGCUAAAGUUUUCCAUUCAUCCUGUCUGUCUGUCUCAUUUUAUAUACUAUUCUAAUCCCUAUAACUUCACAAUAUUUUUUAUUGUGUCUGCUCAUAAUAAAUUAAAUAUAUAAAUUAAAUUAGAGAUGGAGAGACCAAAUUACAUAUUGUUAUGUCUAGGGUUUAAGGGAAAUGUAACAGAAUCAUGAAGAGCCUGUGUGUGAGCCAAAGCUAAACAAGAUCUCAUGACAGAUUUAAUAAUAGCUGAAAGAAUUAGCAUGAUUUUUAUUGUUAGACUGUAAAUUAGGGAUGAUCAUAAAUACAGUUGUGAAAAAUAAAUGACAAUACAAUAGA